CAUCCCGUCGCUUUCUUCUCCAUCUUAACUUGCAAAGCAGCAACCCCUAUGUCUCUUAGCUCAUCCCGUCGCUGCCUCACCACGCUGGUCCUCUCCUUCCGGCGCCGUUUGCACUCUCGUUCUCUCGGUUGGGCAGCACCUACGCCCUCCACGCCACUCUUCUUAUGGUUCCGAUAAGUCUCUGUCUCUAUCUCCCAGUUUAUUUCUCUCAAUCUCAGGUUCUCUCACAUAUUGUUCCUCUCUCUGGACCAUAGAUUUGAUUUUUUUUUUUUUUUUUUUCAAUUUCAGUUUGGUUUAGGUUAAUGUGGCAGAGCUUGUGCUUUUAUUUCCCCCUUCACUCAUUUGAUUCAUUGGUCUGAUUUGCUUGUUUUCUUGUUGGGCUAUAGUGUUUAUUGUAGUGAUUAUAGUAUUUGGUCAUUAUCCAAUGCUAAUGCUCUGAGUGUGUAUUAAUUUACAAGAAAAGAUUUUCAAGGAAAAAAAAAAGAUAAUUUACAAGAAAAGAUAAAUGAAUUUUAUUAUCUUGGAUGGGCUUGAACUUUGUUGGAGGCUGUAGUAGUUGGAAGUUCAAUUAGAAUCUGAUUCGUAGGUAGUGACUUCUUUGUGUGUGAAAAUGGGAGAGUUCAUUGGGUUGAUAGAGAGUUUUGGGAGUAAAUAGUGCUUAUAUUUGUAUCUAUGAUUAUACUUUUACAAGAAAAGCCUGUUUGCCUUGUAUUAAUUUACAAGAAAAGAUAAAUGGUUUUCAUUCUUUGGUUGUUUUCGUGUUGUACGUGGUCAAUUUUGUUGGAACUGAAUCAGGCGAGUAUCAGUUUUUUCCUUGUAUGAUAGGAUACAAAACUGAUUUCUCUGGUGCUCUAGCUGGGAAUAAUGAUGUAAAUGUUUUUUUCCCAAAACAUGUUGAGAUAUAUUCCUCAAAUAUCAUGCUGGUCAAUCACAUGCAUGAGUACGAGACCUAGUUGGAGCUUAUUGGUGAAAUGAUAUUGGUUCAAAGCCUUUGUUCGGUGUAACAGAAAAGGGGAGACGGCUCUGUGUCUCCUGAGGCCUCCUUGAAUUUGAAACAUGACCAAAAAUAUAAUUUCUGUUUGCUUUUUGGCUGUAAAAGUGAUCAGCUAAGAAUUAUUUCAACUGCUCAAACAUCUUUCAUGUAAAUGAUAUCUUGGUGGACUAUCACUGCAUUUUUGCGAGGCUGGCUUUCUGGUUUUUUGCGUCAACUAAUAAACCUAAAAAUGGAACAUAACGUUAAUGGAAGAAAGAGACUUUUCUAGAUCCAUCUCGGUUGCUUUCAUGCCACUAACAGCUGCCUGAUUGAAGAUUAUAUUUUCUUUCUUUAUUUUAUUUAUUUUUUAUGACUUUUCAUAGUGUUAAGAAUCCAUGGAAUUCAAAACUUUUUUGAGUUUGCUAUUGAUCUUACUUGACCAGUUUUAUUGUGCCUACUGCCUGUAUAUCUACGUUGAGUUUGACAUAGUCUGCCUGUAUAUCUACCAAUUUCUUUUUCGUUUUCCAGCAGAUCUAUUUUGAGUUAUAAGGUCUAUGAUAUAUGGGAUAACGAAAUAGCUUGUCUAUGAAACAUCUGUUUUGAGUCCUAGGAAACUUGUUUGCUUUUGUUUAUGUUUCUGGGCUCCAUGUGCAGAUUCUGGCUGCAAAUAUAAAGGCAAGGUGGUGCCAAUUUGUGUUAGCUUGAUAUGUAUUGUUGGAGUUGUGCUUUUAAGUUUAAGUUUUUAGAAUAAUUGAUCCUCCAACACUUGUCUGACUCUAUUUUAAGUAGUUCCAAUCACUUGUCGGAUUUUAUAUAUCAAGAGGUCAGUCAGAAAAGUAUAUUUUGAGUUAUAAAGUCUGGUAAAUGGGAUAACAAAAUUGCUUGUCAUUUUAUAUACUGUCCAAGUCAUGCAUGUAUCUUUUUAUGUUUCAGACUUGCAGUGAUAUGAUCCAUUAACUUCUUUAUGCAAAAUGUGCACAGGGUACUGAUCAUGGUGUUGACACAUGCUUUGGACUAUGCACAUAUCCUGGACGUGAGCUAUGCCAUCGAAUAGAUUUUAAGGAGCCUUGCGUGUGAUUUUGUUGGUUCAGAGGAACAAUAGCUGGUGGUUCGGAUGGAGAGGGAGGAAUCAUUGAUGGAGGAUUUACAUUAAAGAGGCAGGAUUUGAGACCUCAAAGAUUAUAUUUUUUUUCUCUCAUAUGGAUUCUUGAUAUGUUCAAUCCAUUUUUACAAUUGGAUCUGGGAUAUAUUUGAGGUUGAAUGCAAAUUGGUUUGUGGAAGCAUCUUCUUCGUCAAGGGAUUUGUUGAAAUGCCGUAAUUGUGGGUGUAGUUGUUCGUUGAUCAGUAGCUCUUCCGGUACUACGAGCAUUAUUGCUCAAGACAUUCAACAAUGCUGAGCUGCAGGUCAAUGCUUUCUCAAACCAUAAAGAAAAAGAAAAAGAAUAAACGCAAAAACGGAAACGAGAUUGCUGCAAAUAGAGCUGUUCCCAGAAAGAAAAGUUCAAUUUCCAAAAUUAAUGAAUCACCAUACCAGGAGUAUGAAGAAGAAGAAGAAGAUACUGGAGAAGGUUUUAGCCUUAAGACCUCAGCUCCUCCUUCACACACUCAUGGGGUUCAACCACUAGGCAAUCUCUACCUCCACCCAGGGUGUAUAAACUCUAGAAAUACUGGCUUAGGUAACCUCCAUACCCUUACCGAUGAGCUUGUUCUGGACAUCCUAGGGUUCCUGGAUGGCACCCACUUGGGCGUCUUGGCUACAGUUAGUAAAUCUUUCUAUGUUUUCACUAACCAUGAACCACUAUGGAGGAACCUUGCUCUGGAAAAUCUAAAUGGUGGUUUUUUCUAUAAUGAGUCUUGGAAAUCUACUUAUAUUGCCGCUUCUUACCCUUCAUUCAAGGUUUCGGAUAUUUGUGUUUCCCAUUUGAGGGUGAGGGAUUUUUAUUCUGAUUAUCUUUUCCAGAGUUGGCUCUGUGCUAAUCUUGAAAUGAAACCUGAGUGGCUUGAAAGAGAUAAUAUAAUACGAAGGAAAGGCAUUUCGGCUGAAGAGUUCGUGUUGAACUUUGAGGAACCAAAUAAGCCGGUUUUGCUGGAAGGGUGUUUGGAUAAUUGGGUUGCACCCAAAAAAUGGGACAGAGAUUAUUUGGUUCGGUUGUGUGGUGAUGUUCAAUUUGCAGUUGGACCGGUGGAGAUGAAGCUUGAGGAGUACUUUCAGUACUCAGAUCAGACGAGGGAAGAAAGGCCAUUGUAUUUAUUUGACCCAAAAUUUGCAGAAAAAGUUCCAAAAUUGGGUUCAGAAUAUAAAGUUCCAUUGUACUUUGGGGAGGAUCUGUUCAAUGUUUUGGGUAAUGAUAGGCCAGAUUAUAGGUGGAUUAUAAUUGGACCAGCUGGGUCUGGUUCAUCCUUCCACAUUGAUCCCAAUUCCACAUCAGCUUGGAAUGCAGUUAUCAAGGGAUCCAAGAAGUGGGUCUUGUUUCCUCCCGAUGUGGUUCCACCCGGGGUGCACCCAAGCCCAGAUGGUGCAGAGGUAGCAUGUCCUGUUUCAAUCAUUGAGUGGUUCAUGAACUUCUAUGGUGCAACAAAAACUUGGAAAAAGAAGCCUAUUGAGUGCAUCUGUAGGGCUGGGGAAGUGAUAUUUGUGCCUAAUGGAUGGUGGCAUUUGGUAAUCAACCUGGAGGAAUCAAUUGCCAUUACACAGAACUAUGUUAGCAGGAGAAAUUUGUUGAAUGUCUUGGACUUUCUGAAGAGGCCAAACGCAAACACACUGGUAUCUGGAACAAGAGACCGAAUUAAUUUGUAUGACAAGUUUAAGAAUGCCAUUGAAACUUCUUUCCCUGGAACCUUAGAGCAGUUGGUGCAGGAAGCAGAGGAGAAAAGGGCACAGCAAAAACUCUCCUUCUGGGACACAGUAACAGAUUCCAAGGUGGGGGCUUUCAAGUUCUCUUUCUAGGCACAUGAAGACAACAGCGAAGUCCGGAAACCAGACGAAUACUGAGUGGCAGCAUACUUUUCGGGUGUACAAUCUCGGUUGUUGCUUCUGACUUCCUAGAUUUGUACCAUUUAAACAGUUUUGAAUUUGAUUUAAUUGACAUCAUUGCACUUCGACAAAUAAAGAACCCAAUUUCUUUAUUUAUAUAAGAUGCGUUAAUACAUAGGCUUA